CCGUUGAAGAUCACUUGACCUGUCAACAUGAAGUUGCCACUUGUUCUCCGCUGCUCAGCCGCAGUUCUCGUGUUGCUGCUUCUUUCAAAACAGGGUAGUGAAGCUCGUCCACCUGUGGGUUGCUGCAUGAAAACGUCUGAGAGAAAAGUGUAUGUGGAUCAGCUCUCGAAGUACACGAUCCAGAACAAACCCUUAUGCCCUGUGUAUGCUGUGAGAUUUAUAACUCAGAGGGGAAACCUACUCUGCUCUGAUCCCUCCUCACCAUGGGCAGUAAGGGCCAUGGCCUAUCUGGACAAGAAGAAUAAUCCCCAGCCAACGAAGCUCGUAAGAAUGGCGCACCAAACCACAUCGUUGCCACCUGUCAUGCAAAGUAACAGCACGACAACAAACGGAACCUUUCUUGCUUGAUAUGACUGACGAGCUUAUGUACGUCACAACUGAUUUUAUGACUCUGCACUUUAUUUGUGAUAUUCUGUUUGUAUUAUUGUUGUUAUUACAUUUAAGCUUUUCUUUGUAUUGUUUUGAAUGUUUUCUGUGACACACAUAUAUUGUAUAUUUUGUUAUUAAAUCUUCAAAUGGCUUAAUUUAUCAAUUAUAAUAAAGCGUUUAUUUUCUAA